ACCAAACUUCAUUCGUCCAGAACACGCCAGCAAAAGAUGCAAUUCUUCAACAGACCUCGCUACAUCACCUUGACUUUAAGCUGCAUGGCCAUCUUUCUUCUGUACACUCAAAACGCCCCGAUGGACGAUACCACAGACUCAUUUGAUGAUUUAAUAUUCGAACCUUCAUGCUCCUGUAAAACUUGCGUCAUGGGAUUGCUGGACGAUGACUGGUUCAUUUAUCGGUACAAUCCCACCAUACCAGCUCUCCUCAACAGAAAAAACAGCGUGUUACUUGGAGACACGAACAAAUGGUGGAGGGGUCUACAACCGUCAAAGCUCAGAGUCAACUACACAGAGGUGGUGGACCAGCUGUUUUCUCUCUUCCCCGAUGGUGAACACUACUCAGACGCUGGUCCAGAUCGCUGCAGAACUUGUGCUGUGGUGGGAAACUCUGGGAACCUCCUGAAGUCCAACUAUGGUCAACUGAUAGACAGCCAUGACUUAGUCAUAAGGAUAAAUAAAGGCCCGACAAAAGGUUAUGAGAAGGACGUGGGGUCUAAGACCACUCACCGGAUUCUGUAUCCCGAGAGCGCUAUGGACUUGGAUGACAACACCCAUCUGGUGCUUUUUCCCUUCAAGAUUCGUGAUAUGCAGUGGCUCAUAAGCACCUUCACCACUAGACACAUCACACGCACCUACACACGAGUCAAAUCUUCAAUCAAAGCAAACCAGAACAAGGUGAUGAUCCUCCACCCUGCUUUUAUAAAAUACACCUUUGAGAAAUGGCUGCAGAAAAAUGGCAAAUAUCCUUCUACUGGCUUCAUUACGAUAUUAUUUGCCCUGCAUGUCUGUGAUCAGGUGAAUGUCUUUGGGUUUGGAGCUACAAGUAAUGGAACCUGGCAUCAUUACUUUGACAAAUCUCGCACUCACUAUAAAGGCGGCCCUCAUAAAGGAGACAUUGAAAACAAAACAAUCCAUCAACUUCUGCACAGAAACAAGAUUUCAAUAUAUAAAGGGUAUUGAUACAGAAAACUGUUAUUACCAUCAAUGAAGGAUUUCAGGAUGGAUUAAGUACUGAGAUUGCUACAAAAAUGAAUGUUAAAAUGAAUGAAUAAAUAUCAGUGUCUUUAAUAUAAAUGUUGGCUUACAAUAGCAAUGUUUUAAGAGCUGUAGAAUGUCCUAAUUUUUUUCUAUUUAUAAUGCCUUACUGUAAACAUUGUAAACAUAUAUGUUGUUAAUGUAUUAAUAUUUAAGACAUCUGGAAUGUUAAAGUUUAUGUGGAUCACUAUCUUGUAUUUUAAAAAUAAAUCAAUAAAAUUAAAAGGUUGA